ACCCUGCUUGACAAACAGAUCCACGGCCGCCCCAAAAAAUGGAAUUUAUGCGCAGAUGACAGGGACAGCAGAGGAACAAAUGUGGAUACAUAUUUCAUAUUUGUGAAUUGUAAUGCACUGAUGCCGUUAGACCCAUUCCAUGUUCAAAAUUCAUUAUGAUGUAGGACCAUGCUAAUCCAUUUAUUUGAUGCGAUUUGGCGGGCAACGAACAGUUGAACUCUGCCACCGUCGGAUGAAAUGAUCAAGACCGUAGAACGUGAGGAAAAUAAAAUUACCAGACAAACUGACAAAAUAGAAAGAAAGAGCUUUCAAUUAUUUAUUUAUUUAUUUAUUUUUUUUUUUUUCACACGGCUACACGCUGAAGCAUGGUGAUUGGACCAAGGGCAGCCAGAAAAGCAAAUAAACACACGUAAAUAUCAGAAUCUAAAAUUGGAAUUGAUAAAAAAAAAAUAAAAAAAUAAAAAAAGAAAAAAAAAUAGAAUAACAAUAAAUUAAAAUAAAAAAAUAAAGAGUGAACGAAAGAAAAGCGAACAAAGAGAAACUUCUUUAUUGGUCUGGUCUUGGUCUUUUUCGUUUGUCUGGCGAUUGGCAUGGGUCGUCUCUGUUCUCGCUCAUCCGUGUUAUCAGUCGGCUUCUGUUUCUUUGCCUGUUUGCAAGUUUUCUUCGUCGUCAAUGCCAAAACCAAUCUGCCUUCUUCGCCUUCUUUGACGCCCAUCAAUCAUGAUCUCUAUCAUUCCUCUGGAGAUUUGAAGAGAGAGAUAAAGACAUUGGUCAAUCGUCACCCAGACAAAUUCACUUUUGAAACAAUUAAAUCUGGAAACAAGGGCUAUCACGCGGAGGUUGGAGUAGUUACUUAUUGCCGUAGAAGGCAAGAGAUUGAUGACAGGUCAAAGUUUCGGAUCCUUCUCAGUUUUGGGCAGCAUGGAAGGGAGCUCAUUACAUCUGAAGUUGCUUUCCGGCUUCUGUCAAUCUUGAGUGAAGAAAAACCCACACCCAAUUUGGAUCCAGCUACCUUAAACAGUACACUUGAUAAGAUUAUCAUCAAGGUGGUUCCAAUGGAAAACCUGAAUGGCCGUGAACUUGUUGAAGCAGGAGAUCUAUGUGAGAGGAGAAAUGGGAGGGGAGUUGAUCUCAACAGAAAUUGGAGCGUAGAUUGGGGCAAAAAGGAAAAGGAUUAUGAUCCAUAUGAGGAGUAUCCUGGAACUGCAGCAUUCAGUGAGCCUGAAACCCAAAUUAUGCGGAAACUUGCCAUAUCAUUUGAUCCACACAUAUGGGUUAAUGUGCACUCUGGAAUGGAGGCAUUAUUUAUGCCAUACGACCAUAAAAACACUACCCCUAGUGGAGUUCCUUCAAGCCAAAUGAAGUUGCUGCUGGAGGAACUUAACCAACUUCAUUGCCACGAACAUUGUAUGGUUGGGUCUGGUGGAGGCUCUGUUGGGUAUCUGGCUCAUGGGACAGCAACAGAUUACAUGUAUGACAUUGUAAAGGUUCCCAUGGCUUUUACCUUCGAGAUAUACGGAGAUGAAGCAGCCUCAUCCAAAGAUUGUUUCAAAAUGUUUAAUCCUACCGACAUUAAUACCUUCAACAGAGUUCUUGACGAUUGGUCUGCCGCAUUUUUCUCAAUUUUCAAACUGGGGCCACAGCAGCUCGGUGGAGUCUCAAAGGGCGCUGCAUCUAACUUGGAGAAAUGGGUUUCAAUUGAUGAGUAUCUGGAGGGCUAUUUAAUGGAGAGGAGUAGUAGGUAUGGAAAGAAAAGGGAGGUGCUUGAGCUAGGAAUGCAGGAGAUAAGAACAUAUUUCAGGCUCUUCUGGUUAUCCUCAGUGUUGUUAAUGUUCAUGUUCUGUUCCAGAAUAUCAAAAAGCAAGUGUAGCAGACAAAUUGUUUCCCCUAUUCCUCUAUAGGGGUGUAUACUAAGUUUUUGAAUUAUUUAAGUGUACACCAUAGGCACAAUUUUUUUGAAACCCACAAUGUAAUUUUCACUUUGUAGUACUCUCAUUGAGUAAAAUUUUUUUAGUAAAGAAUCAUAUUUAAAGCUUGAAAUGAGUAUUUUGAACA